GUUCAUCUCCCAGGAAGGAACGUUUUCUUCGUCGAGCGUUCCUUCCUUCUCCUCUUUGCUGCCUUGCAAAACCUAAACCAAGGAGAUUUGUUUCAGCGCACCAAAUCUUUUACUCACUCACCUACAUCUCAAGAAGCCGAGCUAAUCCUAAUAUUCAAACCAUACCAUCAACCUAAUACCAACCUAGUACUAUAUUGGCCAUCGUUUCCCUAACAGCUUUGCAAGCUUCAACGCAAACCUUCACCUAUUCUGAGCUCAAACAAUCACCACAUCACCAUCACCCGACUCCGGGUCAACACCUCCCUCCACCUUUCACCAUCCGACUUUCCACCCUCAAAAAUGGCCCUCUCCGUUUUCAAAAACAUCACCCUCCUCCUUUCAGCGACCGCCGCCCUCCUCCCCACCGCGGCCAACGCCAACCCCCUCCCCAGUUCCAACUCGGGCAAAAAGGCCACCUGCAUCAACGGCCCCCCCGCCACCGGCUCCUCGCCCGGCAGCCUGCCCAUCGCCGAUUACUCGCUCGUCGCGCCGGCCUCGAACCUCAACUGGACUUCGUACACAGUCAAGAAGAGCUGGUGGGAUGAGCAUUAUUUGAGUGGACCGCAUUACAUGCCCUACACCCACCACACCGACCCGUACGGCGCGUUCAAGUGCCAGUAUACUUGCAACGCGGCGGGGGAUAAGUGCAAGAGUUACUUUUUGUGGUAUACUGACAUCAACGACUCAAACGAGCAUAUCAACUGCGUUUUGUUUGAUGACAUCAUCGACCCGUCCAUCUUCGUUCCGGGCGGCAACGGCACUGUCGGGGCGGGUGGUUACGACAGACGGUGCCAGGGUUCCACGGCCUAGAAGUCCAUUCGGCCAUUGAAGUAUUUCGGAUAUUUCUGGGCGGCUGGGGAGCAUAGAGGUCCUUAUAAGCCUGGAGGCGCGCCGAGCCUUGAGAAGUGAAAAGAUAGGAAGGGCUUCUUAGUCUUAGUGGACGAGUGAUGGUGCCAGUUAUCUGAAGGUAAUCGGGUUUCUCGUACAUAUUUCGUUU